CAUUAAUGCAACACUUCCAUGGAGUUUUACUCACUUUUGGUCUUUUUAAAACUUGUAUUAUUUGACAACAACAGAAAAUGCUUUACACAUCUCUUGUGUUGUGCUCAUGGACUCUGAUUGGUGUGUUUGGUGAUGAAGUGAAGUCAGUGUCAGUGAUGGAGGGACAUUCUGUUACUCUACACACUGAUCUCACUCACAUACAGACAAAUGACGAGAUCGAGUGGAGGUUUAAAGACAUUCUCAUCGCCAGAAUCAAGAGAUCAGUCAAUAUUAAUCCCAUAUAUAAUAAUGAUAAGACUGAGAUAUUCAGAGACAGACUGAAGAUGAACAAUCAGACUGGAGAUCUCAACAUCACACACAUCACAUCUCAACACUCUGGACUUUAUCAUCUACUGACUAUAAUAAACAAUAAACUGACAAAGAAGAAUUUCAGUCUUAAUGUUAAUGCUUCCACUGCUGUCAGUAUCAGUGAAUCAACACAAACUCCAUCAUCUUCAUCAUCAUCAUCACCAUUAUCAUCAUCAUCAGCGAGUUCAGGUGUGUCAGUUCAGAUAGUUGUGAUCUCUUGUGUUACUGCUGUUGUUGGAUGUGUGAUGAUUGGAGCUGCGCUUCUGUUCAUCUGCAGAAAACACACAAACACACAACAAGAAGAUCAGACUCAUGACAAACAAAACAUCUGCUGUGAUUCAACAUUCUUCAAACACAACACACAGGACUCUGAGAUGACAGAGGUGCUUUACACAUAUUACAACAUUUCAACUAAUUAAAGUAAACUUUUUUAUUAAAUUUAGUAUUUAAAACAAGGAUGUAUUUGACUUUCCAUUUAUAAUUAAUAACAUUUAUAUCACGAGACCCACACAAGCACCUGUAGGCCGAUCAUUGAACAGCAGUCGUGUGAAUGUCUGCAGUCAGUGCUGUGAUAUUGUGACCUCUGGUGGUGAGAUGAUGAAACUGCAUCAGGAGACUGAGAUCACGUUAUAUA